CAGUCAAUAAUAAGUAUAUUUUUGGUGGGUCGCCGCGUCCGGGUACCCCCCUCCCCCCAAGCGGGAAACCGGAAGUUUCGAUUUCCAAAGGAACGGGAACGCACCAUCAGACUGGAGGCAGCAUUUUGACAGAGAAGAGAGAAGAUGUUCACCUUCACCGUUCAAAGUUUCUUUUUACCGAGGCUAUUUUUAUUCUUGAAAAGUUGUCUUUAGGUGAAUAACCCAUUCGGUUCGUGGUCAUUUACUGACACUAACCCACAGCACUUGCAUUUAGGGGAUUUGCGUAAAUAAACAAUGGCUGGAGUCUAAUGCUGCACUUUCUGAAAACAAUGGAUCCAUGUGGAGUUGCACACAGGAGGAAAGUGGACGUAGCUGUUGUCAGGCCAAGGGUUACAGACCAUGUUGAGCAGGUCUGUUUUAAAACUCUGGACCUCAACAAGGUGAUCCGCCUCCUUGAAGACCCACUGACAGCACACAUGCAGGAGAGGCACAUUUUUGUGCUGAAGAAGGUUCUCAGGAGAAGACACCAUGGCUUUCUGCUGAGGGAGCUGGCCAGCAUCACCAGAAUCCUGCACGCCUGUGCAGAGAAGGCCAAGGACCAACCUGAAUAUUCCAGCAUUGUGUGCGAGGCGCUUCAGAUUUGCAGGCUCCCCUUCCUGAAGGAGAGGGUGUCCGACGAGCUGAUCUACGCUCAGGACGUCAAACAGUUCCUCUCUCACAUGGGCUAUCUGAUGAGGGUGCCAGACGCCGAGGUGAGGCACCGAGUAGUCGAAUCGGUCAAGUCCUUCUACACCUGCGCCGCUCUCAGCAAACAGACGCACGACGGGCCUCAGCCGACGUCUCCGGGCUACAGGCUGCAGCUGCUGGAGCGUAGCGACCUGGCCCAGACGCUCUUUCUCUCCAUGGCGGCGCUGGAGGAGCAGCCCGCCAUCAAGCUGCUGCUCCUGCAAACACUUCAGAUCCUCUCCAGCUCGUCUGAUAUGAACUGUGCUUUAAUGCUGAGCAUACGAGGGGUCGAGACCAUCUGCCUCCACAUGAACGAAUCCGACCCCAGCGGGCAGUUCCUGUUCCACUCUUCCGAAAUCCUCUGGAACCUUCUGGAUCGAGGCAGCAAGACCGAGGUGGCCGCCCAGCUCGGCAGCAUGGAAUGUGCUCUAUCUCUCAAAGAAGCGUUCUCUCACCUCCUGCUGAACAGCACCCGGCACGCUGACGUCCAUGUCCGGAACGACCUCCUCGUGUUGACGACUCUCUUCGCCGAGUACUCCAGCCCUCUGCUCAUUGAGAGCUCCUUCGCCAAGCUGCUGGUGGCUCUCAGCACUUUUCCCGAGCUGAAGAGUCACGACCCUGUGGUGGGCAAGCUGAAGCUGAGCUGCAGCAUGGAGGACCUGCAGAUGAAGAAGCUGCUGUUGAAUCUGCUGGUGUUGAUGUCCAAAGACUCAGCGGCCAUCCAGAUAUUCAAGGAAGAGCAGGUGAUGCUGGCUCUACUCACGCUCAUCAAGCCGCCCGCCGCCGCCGCCGCCGACCCCUGCGAGGCCCGGCCGAAAUCACGUGACUGGUCCCCCGUGCAGCACGAGGAGCUCCAGCUGCAGGCGCUGGCCGUCCUGGCCACCGUGGCCCCGCUCAUGCUGGACCAAUUCAUGUCCUCUUACGGCACCGUGGCCCUGCUACACCUGCUGGACUGGUGCACCGGGCCAGACACCUUCUUUGGACAUGGCCACAGCUUCCAUGCCACUGGAGGGCGAGGGGGUAAGAGGGCCCACAUGCGCCACUGCCUCAGACUGAUGAGGUCUGUGACCUCGCUGGCCGAGAAGACCCUGAACCAGGACCUGUGUGACCAGGGCGCCAUCCACCUGCUCUUGGGGCUCCUGAUGCAGAUGGAAGCGAGCCCCGACGAAGAGGAUGCGGUUACCGUGGAGAUGAAGUCCGACAUGCAGCUCAUCAUUUCCGCUCUGUGUGAGAGCGACGUGCACAGGAAGGAGCUGUUCGGGUCCGAGGGCGUGGAUAUGGUGGUCCACUUCCUGAGCCGAGGCUCCGGCAUGUUCUACAGCGGUCUGGGUCACAACAAGCUCCUCCUCUCCACGUUGGUGUGUGUGCGGCUCUGCAUUGUUGGCUGCUACACUACCGAGGACUGCUUCCUGACCCGAGACGGCGCCAAGCUUCUCCUCGACCUGCUCAUUUCGAGUCCCAAGUGUGUGCACGCCGUCCUCCUCUCCGCCGUGCUGGAGCUGUGCGACAACCCCAACACCGUCCCUGACGUCCUGGGGUGGAGGCACGCGGACAGCGGGCGCGCGGCUCCCAGCCUCCUGCUGCACGUGUGGAGGCGGGAGGAGGCGGAGCUAGGGGUCAGCAGAAACCAACACGGCGGGAUCGCAGAUCCCAAGCAGCCCAUCCUGGGUCACCGACCUCUGGAGGACGAGGAGCUGACGUCGACACCGAACGCCCCGAGUGCUGCCGUGCUGGAGAUCCAAGAGAACCUCCAGGCUAAGAUUUACUUAAUCUUCUGCAAGAUGGGUUUCCAGGACCUUCCAGGCUUGUCCGUAAAAGAUCACGUGACCUUGUGCGUCAUCAAACGAUACCUUGACUUCAAGGUGGCCGAUGUGUGGGACGAGAUCGACCGGGAGCUGACCCUGGAGGCCGUGAGGCCCGUCACGCCCGACCAGGAGACUUUGCGCGUGGCCCGCCGGAUGUCGCAGCAGACGGCCGAGGCGGUGGCCGCCGAGCAGGAAGACGUCUUGCAAGAGAAAGACAGGAACGCCAGCCAAGAGGAGGGGCUUCUGUAUCAGGAGUUGAAGUCUCACUGGAAGCAACGCCAACUCGCAGCAAUAUCCUGGAGCGACUUUGUCUCCAGGACUUCCAACUACGACACGCUGAAGGACAUCAAGGAGCAGAGGGAGAAAAACGCCGAGGAGGUCCGAUCAAUGGAGGAGGACGUUGCGCCGCGUCCCGAAGAGCUUUUCAUCGGCCAAAUGGUGGUGAGCGAGGACGGCGGCGCUCGGGGCAUCAAACUGACCAAAACUCCCCUGAUGGCGGCGGCGCAGGAAGAAGCUCUACUCUCCAAACGUGAACGCCUGCGAUUCUGUAGCUCUGUUUCUGUAAAAGACUGACGUGUCCUCUUCCUGGAGGAUUUACAGCAGGGGUGUCCAAAGUGCGACACGGGGGCCUUUUGCGAGCCACGGCUCAUUGUUUAAAUGGCCCCGCAUUUUUGUCUAACUACAAUUGAAACCAAAAAAAAACUACAAAAAUAAAAACAUUGACAGUAAAAAGGCUAAAAAAGAAUAAUAAGAACAUGAAAUGGACUCGCAAAACAACAAUAGUAAUAAUUAAAGCUGUGAGCAGCAUUGAAUGAGCCUUUGCACCAUGCUGAUGUUAGCAUGAUAACUUUAGCAUACUAACAGUCAGCAUGUGUCAGGUACCAAAUUAUAUGACCCUCAGUGAAUGGCUGCAAAAUUAGUGAAAAAAGUUAGCAUGCUAACAGUUAGCAUGUGUCAAGUACCAUGUUAUAUGACCCUGAGUGAACAGUUGCAAACUUGUGAAAAAAGUUAGCACGCGUCAAGUAUCAAGUUGUAUGACCCUGAGUGAACGGCUGCAAAAUUUGCGGGAAAAAAAGUUAGCAUGCGUCGAGUACCUAGUUAUAUGAACCUGAGUGAACGGCUGCAAAAUUUGUGAAAAAAGUUAGCAUGUGUCAAGUACCAAGUUAUAAGACCCUAAGUGAAUGGCUGCAAAAUUUGUGAAAAAAGUUAGUAUGCGUCAAGUACUACGUAAUAUAACCCUGAGUGUGAACGGCUGCAAAAUUUGUGAAAACAUUUAGCACGCUAAAAGUUAGCAUGUGUCAAGUACCAAGAUAUAUGAUCGUGAGUAAACAGCUGCAAACUAGUGAAAAAAGUUAGCAUGCGUCAAGCAUCAAGUUAUAUGACCCUGAGUGAACGGCUGCAAAAUUAGCGAAAAAAGUUAGCAUGCGUCGAGUACCAAGUUAUAUAACCCUAAGUGAAUGGCUGUAAAAUUAGUGAAAAAAGGGAAUAUGCGUCAAGUACCAAGUUAUGUAACCCUGAGUGUGAACGGCUGCAAAAUUAGUGGAAAAAAGUUAAUAUGCAUCAAGUACCAAGUUAUAUGACCCUGAGUGUGAACGGCUGCAAAAUUAGUGAAAAAAGUUCAUAUGCAUCAAGUACCAAGUUAUAUAACCCUGAGUGUGAACGGCUGCAAAAUUAGUGAAAAAAGUUCAUAUGCAUCAAGUACCAAGUUAUGUAACCCUGAGUGUGAACGGCUGCAAAAUUAGUGGAAAAAAGUUAAUAUGCAUCAAGUACCAAGUUAUAUGACCCUGAGUGUGAACGGCUGCAAAAUUAGUGAAAAAAGUUCAUAUGCAUCAAGUACCAAGUUAUAUAACCCUGAGUGUGAACGGCUGCAAAAUUAGUGAAAAAAGUUAAUAUGCAUCAAGUACCAAGUUAUAUGACCCUGAGUGUGAACGGCUGCAAAAUUAGUGAAAAAAGUUAAUAUGCAUCAAGUACCAAGUUAUAUGACCCUGAGUGUGAACGGCUGCAAAAUUAGUGAAAAAAGUUAAUAUGCGUCGAGUACCAAGUCAUGUAACCCUGAGUGUGAACAGCUGCAAAAUUAGCGAAAAAAGUUAGCAUGUGUCGAGUACCAAGUUAUAUGACCCAAACUGAACAGCUGCAAAAUUAGUGAAAAAAGUUAGCAUGUGUCAAGUACCAAGUUAUAUGACCCUAAGUGAACAGCUGAAAAUUAGUGAAAAAAAUUAGCAUGCUAACAGUUAGCAUGUGUCAAGUACCAAGAUAUAUGACCGCUUGUAAGCAGCUGCAAACUAAUGAAAAAAGUUAGCAUGCGUCAAGCAUCAAGUUAUAUGACCCUGAGUGAACGGCUGCAAAAUUAGCGAAAAAAGUUAGCAUGUGUCAAGUACUAAGCUAUAUGACUCUGAGUGAACGGCUGCAAAAUUAGUGAAAAAAGUUAGUAUGCGUCAAGUACCAAGUUAUAUGACCCUCAGUGAACAGCUGAAAAUUAGUGAAAAAAAUUAGCAUGCUAACAGUUAGCAUGUGUCAAGUACCAAGAUAUAUGACCGCUUGUAAGCAGCUGCUAACUACUGAAAAAAGUUAGCAUGCGUCAAGCAUCAAGUUAUAUGACUCUGAGUGAACGGCUGCAAAAUUAGCCAAAAAAGUUAGCAUGUGUCAAGUACCAAGUUAUAUGACUCUGAGUGAACGGCUGCAAAAUUAGCGAAAAAAGUUAGCAUGCGUCGAGUACCAAGUUAUACAACCCUAAGUGAAUGGCUGCAAAAUUAGUGAAAAAAGUUCAUAUGCGUCAAGUACCAAGUUAUGUAACCCUGAGUGUGAGCGGCUGCAAAAUUAGUGAAAAAAGUUAAUAUGCAUCAAGUACCAAGUUAUAUGACCCUGAGUGUGAACGGCUGCAAAAUUAGUGAAAAAAGUUAAUAUGCGUCAAGUACCAAGUUAUAUGACCCUGAGUGUGAACGGCUGCAAAAUUAGUGAAAAAAGUUAAUAUGCGUCAAGUACCAAGUUAUGUAACCCUGAGUGUGAACAGCUGCAAAAUUAGCGAAAAAAGUUAGCAUGUGUCGAGUACCAAGUUAUAUGACCCUAAGUGAACAGCUGCAAAAUUAGUGAAAAAAGUUAGCAUGUGUCAAGUAUCAAGUUAUAUGACCCUAAGUGAACAGCUGAAAAUUAGUGAAAAAAAUUUGCAUGCUAACAGUUAGCAUGUGUCAAGUACCAAGUUAUAUGACCCUAAGUGAACAGCUGAAAAUUAGUGAAAAAAAUUAGCAUGCUAACAGUUAGCAUGUGUCAAGUACCAAGAUAUAUGACCGCUUGUAAGCAGCUGCAAACAAAUGAAAAAAGUUAGCAUGCGUCAAGCAUCAAGUUAUAUGACCCUGAGUGAACGGCUGCAAAAUUAGCGAAAAAAGUUAGCAUGUGUCAAGUACUAAGCUAUAUGACUCUGAGUGAACGGCUGCAAAAUUAGUGAAAAAAGUUAGUAUGCGUCAAGUACCAAGUUAUAUGACCCUCAGUGAACAGCUGAAAAUUAGUGAAAAAAAUUAGCAUGCUAACAGUUAGCAUGUGUCAAGUACCAAGAUAUAUGACCGCUUGUAAGCAGCUGCUAACUAAUGAAAAAAGUUAGCAUGCGUCAAGCAUCAAGUUAUAUGACUCUGAGUGAACGGCUGCAAAAUUAGCCAAAAAAGUUAGCAUGUGUCAAGUACCAAGUUAUAUGACUCUGAGUGAACGGCUGCAAAAUUAGCGAAAAAAGUUAGCAUGCGUCGAGUACCAAGUUAUAUAACCCUAAGUGAAUGGCUGCAAAAUUAGUGAAAAAAGUUCAUAUGCGUCAAGUACCAAGUUAUGUAACCCUGAGUGUGAGCGGCUGCAAAAUUAGUGAAAAAAGUUAAUAUGCAUCAAGUACCAAGUUAUAUGACCCUGAGUGUGAACGGCUGCAAAAUUAGUGAAAAAAGUUAAUAUGCGUCAAGUACCAAGUUAUGUAACCCUGAGUGUGAACAGCUGCAAAAUUAGCGAAAAAAGUUAGCAUGUGUCGAGUACCAAUUUAUAUGACCCUAAGUGAACAGCUGCAAAAUUAGUGAAAAAAGUUAGCAUGUGUCAAGUAUCAAGUUAUAUGACCCUAAGUGAACAGCUGAAAAUUAGUGAAAAAAAUUUGCAUGCUAACAGUUAGCAUGUGUCAAGUACCAAGAUAUAUGACCGCUUGUAAGCAGCUGCUAACUAAUGAAAAAAGUUAGCAUGCGUCAAGCAUCAAGUUAUAUGACCCUGAGUGAACGGCUGCAAAAUUAGCGAAAAAAGUUAGCAUGUGCCAAGUACUGAGUUAUAUGACUCUGAGUGAACGGCUGCAAAAUUAGUGGAAAAAAGUUAGCAUGCUAACAGUGACCGUGUGUCAAGUACCAAGUUAUAUAAUUAGCUAAAAAUGCUAGAGUCCCAAAAAUAGGCUUUGUUAUACAAAGCUGACAUGUGGGAUGUUUUGUUGAUUAUUUUAAUACUUUUUUUUUUGACACAUUUUCUUUUGCUAUAUCAAUUUUUCCAGCACGCCGCCCUCAGUGGAAAAGUUUGGACACCCCUGACUUUUAGUCAUGUUUUUUUUGUUUUUUUUCUAGAUAUAUCUUAUUAUAGAAUAUGUAAUAUUACAGUGUGAUUAUGACGAGUGUAUUUUAUAGCAAGCAUUUUUUGAACUGGUAAACUAAAAUGCAAUGACCUCACGUAUUCAUUUGUCUUUGUCUUUGUGCACAUGACCGGUCAUUUUUCCAUUGCGGGCCAGAUACCAAGAA